UUUGCGGCGGCGCGCCCCCUGCCGGCGGCUGCGGGCGGCGCGGCUCCGGCUCCUCUGACAGCUGCUGUCGCUGUGCAGCGUGGGAGAGCAGCGGAGGCGUAGCUGUGUCCGACCAACCGCAAGACAUGGAUGUGUUUCUAAUGAUCCGACGUCAUAAGACGACCAUCUUCACAGACGCCAAAGAGUCGACCACAGUCUACGAGCUGAAGCGCAUUGUGGAAGGGAUCCUAAAGAGGGCACCUGAGGACCAGAGGCUUUACAAGGAUGACCUGCUGCUGAAUGAUAGUAAAACACUUGGAGACUGCGGGUUCACAAAUCAGACGGCUCGACCUCAGGCCCCAGCCACCGUGGGAUUAGCUUUCCGUCUGAGUGAUGAUUCAUUCGAGCAGCUGAGGAUCGAGCCGUUCUCCAGCCCCCCAGAGCUCCCUGACGUCAUGAAGCCCCAGGACUCGGGCAGCACAGCCAACGAACAGGCUGUCCAGUGAAGGGGGGGGGGUCACGAAAGGAUCGCAUGGGGCCGGGGGGGUCAGAGGGAGGACACACAGGAGGGGAGGGAGGGGUGGAUUGUGGGAAGUGACGCCUUGGCCGCUGAAUUUUGCUGACAGCAGAUCCUCAGCUGGGCAGAAACAAUUAACAAAUGCGGAUUCCCCUUGUUGUAAAUGGGAGGGGGGUUUCAAACCCACGUAUUUGUCCUGAAAUUGGUGAACGCAUGCUCGAUAAAUUGAUAAAUUCACACGAGACCCUCAGAGUUCCCUGACGGAUUUGUUAAGACACUGUCAGUCAUCCAUGGGAUUGGUAAAGGCUGAACAUCAAGAAUCGUACCUCUUAUUUAAUUCAUUCUAGUCUUUAUUUAGGGUAAGGUCGCCGUCACCUUACUUGUGUUUUAUUAUUUUGCAGGCUUCAAUGUGGGAGUUGUUGAGGUGUGAAAUUUGUAGACUUUCAUAUUUGUGUUUUUCUUUAUUAAAAUAUUAUUAGGAUUUAACAUUUUUAUGGUCUUUGGCCUGGUUGAAAGUGGUGCACCAUUAGCUAGGAGUUUGUGGAUUUUGUAUGUUACUCUUCUGUCAACGAGAACAUGUGCAUGAAAUGAAUCUGGAACAAAAAACGGAUCGAUUUCAGUCGUGUGGCAAAAGAAUCAUGAAAACUGAAAUAUGCACACAGCAAAAGAUCUGAGCUUUUUUUUUUUUUUUUUGGUACUUUAAGUUUCUUAGCUGCUUAAGUUACUGAGUUGUCGUCGUCUGUCUUUUCAGGAUGAACACACUCUCGGCUUUCUCCAGCACAGAUAACACAGGUGUGAAGCCAGUGUUGAGAAAAAAAAAAAAAAAAAAAAUAUUUAACUGGCAUAGCAGCGAUCUUAAACCGGCUGUGGAGUGGUUCUGGUUUAUUUUACCUUACUAACAAACAUGGGAGGUUAGCCAGUGUCCCGACACAACAUGUGACCGGAGCUCGUGAGAUCUUGCAGAAUUCGAUCUCGUUGGCUCCGGUCACUGGACCUGAUAUUUUUUAGUGGGCGUAAUCAGUUAGCUCUAAAUCCAACAGGUAGUUUGUUAUGUGAUGAGUUGUGGAACUGUGCCUGUGAUUAGGGGGGAGCCACACAUUCACCCCCGUCACUCAGAAUCACCAUCCAUUUACUUCCCGCUGCAGCUUGUGUUGUGUUUUCCCCCCCAAUUAGCUCACUAGACGUUCUUUUGUUUUCCUAAAACCAAAGGAGAAUCGAAAAUGAACUCUUCUGUAUAUUAAAAUUUUGAAAUAAAGCGUAAAGGUGGAUUUCCACAUCUAGAAAUCUUCUAUUACAAAACGAAAAAUCCUUCAUUUGAAUGUGAUGUCAGUACGCGGUAAGGGUUUUCUGUCACGGGGGUGAAUUCUUGACAUUAAGACAAAAAAAAUAAUAAUAAUAAUUGCAAAUUGUGGUUGUUUAAAAUGGGACUUGAUUAAAGCUGCACUUGUAACUGACUUGAGUUAACAUUAAAACAACUGUUUUUCA